AUGGCUUCUAGUAUUCAUGCCGUUAGAAUCCAAGCCUGUGCGGGUUCCGGCAACCGCAUUCCAGAUCCCGAUCGCCGGAAAAGCUCUUCUUCCAACUGGUGGACUCCGCUGUUCGGUUGGUCAUCAGAGCCUGACUAUAUUAACUCCAACAACAAAGCACCGAAUCCGCAAUCGGAAUCAGAUCCGGCGUCGAAACCUUCGAAACUCCGCUUCGCUGGUGGACUCACGGAGGAGAAGGCGAAACAGCUUCGAUUGAUGACCACCGACUCGUUUCAUGAUACCAUGUAUCACUCUGCCAUCGCUUCUCGACUCGCUUCUGACUUCAAGGCACGCUCCGAUCAGUAA